AUGGCAUUCUGUGAUGAAUUGAGCUACGGGAUAGAGCCCAAUCAACCAAAGAAAGCAAUUGUCGAACAUUCUAUACGCUUAAGUUUUCACAAUGAUUUGCCGAAAAGUGAAGGGAGCGGCGAAUAUUCACACAAACCUACUGCCAAACAUCAUCCCAGAACUCCGUUUAUAAGUCCUGACCGGACACAAUCAGGAGUAAUUGGUUUAAAAGACUUGGUACCAUCCAAAAAACAUGCGCCAGAAUUAUAUCUUAAAGCGCAAACUGUUGGAAAAUCUGUGAUUGUUGGAAGUAAGAAAUUGACUGACGAUAAAACGCAAAUAUCUGCAUCGUCAGCGGAUUUUACACAGUUUUCUGUAGUAUCAGAAGGGAAUGACAAGCAGUCAUCAAAGACAUUAACAGAAUCAACAAUCAUUGAAAGCAAAAAGCAAACGAAGUCGAAAAAUGUAUCGGAAUAUGGUAAAGCACUACAAGAAGCUGUCACACAAAAUACAGUAAGCCAGGUAUUGAAUGCUGUACAAGAAAAGGAAAAGCAGCGGUCAGAAGUGGAGGAAUCGGCAAGUAUUGGAGAGAGUAUUGCUUCUAUCACGGAAGAUCCCAAACAGUCCGGCACAUCUUCUACACGAUCGAUACAACCAGGAUGA